AUGCUCCUCGUCCGCGCGGCGACGCCCGCUGCCAAGCCCUCCGCCGCCGGCGGCGCACCUUCUCUGGCCCUGGUCCUUGCUGGGGGGCUGGCCCCCGGCGACCCCUCCCCCGGCCAGCCCACCAUCCACGUUGUCAGCCUGGGGGCUGGCGCCGGUCUGGCCCCACUCUCCAUAGAGGCCGAGCGCGCUGUGUAUGCUGCGCUGGACCUCGGGGGAGGGGAUCUCCUCCUCGCAGGUGACGGCCCUGACCUGACCAGGGUGCGUCUGGACUCGCUCUGGAGGUCCUACACCUGGGGCCCGGCGCCGCCAGCCGCCACAGUCGCCGCCCGCGACCUGCCCGACAUCGUGUCUCUGGCCUGGGCCGGCACGGCGCAGGGCCCCGGCCCUGCCCGGCGCCCGCUGGUGGGCCUGAGCAGCUGCGGAGGAGCCGCCGUGUGGACCCCGGGCCUGGACCAGGUCCUCGCCCUGGUCUGGCCGCCCGACGGCCUGCAUUCCCUGCGACUGUCUUCUUCCCUGGGCAUCCUGCCGGCGGCGGGGGGCAGCGGCGGCUGCACCCUGGCCUGCGCCGGGGUGCAGGAGCCUGGAGGACGUCUGGGCCUGACCGCCGCGCAGCUUGGACAAAGGGAACUCGGCGCGGCGGCAGUCUCCGCAGAGUGGGGCCUGCCCGCCACCUGGACCCAGCUGCCCGGCCAACAGGCAGUGACCGCGGUCCUGCACGUCGCAGCAGGGCAGGGGCCGGGGGAAACGGGAAUGGGGGCGGCGACGCACAGCGCCAUGGAGCAGAGCCUUUUCGGCUGGCUGGUGGCCUGUCUUGUCGACCAGGCAGACGCAGGCUCGCUGGGGGUUUCUAUCGUCGCGGGGUGGGCGUGCGGUACCGCGCUUGUAGUCCCUGGCGCGGUGCUGGGCCUAGGGCCAGAUGCGGCCAUGUAA